ACAGAAAUAUUCCAAUCGAAAGUCAUUUUGCUAAAGCACGCCUGACGGUGAGUUACAACCUCACACAAGGUAUACACCUAAGCAAUUUCUUGCAGCCAACGAAUAAACCUCGGAACUUUCCUCUUCCUGUGGCUUCCCUAAAACCUCAGCUGAACCCAACACCGUUCAUUAAAUGGCCGCUAAGCCCCAAACCCAUUUUAACCUCCAUGAUAUAUAAAUUUUAAUUAUUUUUUAGCCUUUAAUUUUUUUUUUUCACUUUGGUGGGUUCUUGUUUGUAUGAUUUUUUAUCCAUGGCUAGCAAUGAGAAUCCAGGAAGUGAAUCCAAUAAUAAUGGCGGUGCUGCUUCUUCUUCUUCGACUUCAAAAGAUGGAGAAACACCCACGCAAAUUCAACCUUUUAGAAUGCCUACAAUAGAAGAGGUUCGUGCCCAAGACGUUUGGAAUAACUGUGCUGUUCGCAGUGUUGCUAGUGGAGUCAUGGGAGGUGGGCUGGGGUUGUUCAUGGGACUGUUUCUAGGUGCAUUGGAUAAUCCUAUCAUGCAAGAUGAGAUGACAGGAAGGCAGCAAUUUAUUUAUACUGCGAAGCAAAUGGGACGGAGGAGUUGGAGUUCUUGUAAAACAUUUGCAAUUAUGGGCUUGGUUUUCUCAGCUGCUGAGUGUGUCACUGAGAAGGCCCGGGCAAAACAUGACACCACUAAUACGGUUGUUGCUGGGUGUGUCACUGGAGGUACAAUGUCAGCAAAAGGGUGGAAAUGAAGGAGAGUGGAUGGGGUGUAUACUGUUGAGGGAGGGAAGAGGUGCUCACCUUGUUUGGUAGGAUAGAUGCAUUCUUGAGAAAGGAACAGAAGAAUACCUUCCUUCCAUCAAUCUUCAGUUUUCCAAUCCUUCCAAAUUGGAAAUAUUGAAAAAGAGACACGAGUGAGAUGAAAUUUUUUCCUGAUUUUACAUCAUUUGGAUCUUUUUGAUUACCUUUUUCCCGCAUUUAAACUACUAGAAGGAUGGAUUCGUUUUCAUUCUUCACCUAUCCAAUGUUUCCUUAUGCACCGUAUUGUCCCUAUACUCCCGACUAAGUAGUGUUUUAAUAUGGCGGUAGAAGGGCAUAACCUCAUGAUGCGGACAACAAAAGAAGCAAGAUUGGUGACUUUUUAUAGACAAGGGUAUCUCUGUAAUUUCUCUAUUUGCUGGAAAUUCUGGGAAAACUUCGAUGAUGCACGAAAAAAGAAUAAGAUUUAUGUGGUCUAUUUCAACUAUAGAAUACAAGGGUGUUUUAGUAAUUUUCAGAUGUGGAAAAUCUGAAAAUUAUAGUUAUUUAUAUCUAUUCAUUGUUUCAAAAUAUGUUCCAAAUAUCUAAGAAAACAAGAAAUUAAAAAAAUAUGUUUUUGAUGCAUUUCAUCUAUUCACACGUCCUUUUUGUAAUUCUCAAUUAUUCUCUCUUGUUGAUGUCUUAUAAAAAAAAAUCAAAUUCAAAGAAAUAUGUUUUUGACGCGUUCGUGUUCAUUUCGUAUUUCUUGAUUACUUUUCUUAUCAAAUUAACAUUAAUGUUGUUUUUUUUUAAAAAAAAACUAAAAUGAGAAAAAAAAAAAUAGGGAGCAAAAUAGACAAGGGACUAAAGUGCAAAAAAAAUAAGGCAUCAAGAUAUAAUGGAGUUGCUUGGGGGACCAAGUAAUUAAAAAAGCUAUAAAACAAGAGAAAUGAGAGACCAAAACAAAAUAAAUUGGGUUAUGUGCAUUUUCCGUGUCGUGUCAAAAAAAGGUUUUUGACAGCCUUUCCCAUCUCCCUCUUCAUCAUUUUCCAGCACCACUUCCUCCAUUUUCCAGCCCUGAAACCAGCCUCCAAACCUCACCAUACAACCUAAAAAACUAUAGCUGUAACCCCCACGUAACAGCCUUGAAAACUCCAUCCAAAUCAUUGCUUGGUUUCUGGAUUAUAAUUGGAGCUACACUCCUCGAUUUUAGAUGUUUUUUGGCUUGAUGGAAAGAUAAGACAUAGGCCUAAACUCUUAUGAUGAGUUUAAGACUCAAUCCUGCUGUUUUGAUGCUCAAAACAUGGACGAAACAGAAAAGUCAGAAUCUGUCAAGAAGUUCAUUUCAGCUUAGACUUUGUUUGGGUUUUUGGCCUCUAUCUAGAGUUAUAGAUGUCAGGAAAAAGCAAACUUAGAUGUGUUGAAAAGCUUAGAAGAAGAUCUAAAACUUUUGUGAGGUGUACAACUCCAAAUUGUGUAGUUUCGAUACUCUAAAUCCAGCGGAAUAUUGUGGAAGAAACAACAAUAGUACUACGUAGCAACAACAACAACAUCAACAACAACAACACUAUCUAGCACCACCCCUGACUAUUCUAGCAGCUUUUCAAACCUCAUCCCAUUCCUUGAAGAUCAAUUUCAAAUUCCAAAGAUCUUUUGAAUGACUAUUUUGAUUUAUGUUGAUUUUGAUAUGUAUCAAUGAGGUUUUUAAUUGAAUAAUUUUCACUAUCGGGUUGAUAUUUUUGUUUGCAUUUCAGUCAAAUCCUUGAAGUUGUGUCUUGCUAGUUUAUGUGUAUUGGUCAUAUCAUAGUCAUCUCAAACAUUCUAGUAUCAUUUUCUUUAUGUGUGAGAAGCAUAUUCACAUUGUUAUUCGAUUCAAAUAACAUAAUUUUUUUUUCUUAUUCAUGCAUGUAUAUUCAUAUCCGAUGAGUUUUGUAUCUUGGUUACAAAAUUCAUUAAAGGUUUCAGCCUACAUUAAAAGGCUGACAUUCCAAUAUUUUCAUAAAUACUUCUUUUCCAAAAUCAUUUGUUUAAUCUUCAAUAAAAAAAUUCAAUGUUAUUCACCUAUAAUGUUUUAGGCAAAUGAACUUAUAAUAAGUCAUACUUUGAAUGUUGAUUGGGAGUAGCACCUUCAACUUAUAAUUUAAUUUUCAAAAAUAAAAAUCUUUUUUUAAAAUGCAUUAAAAUUUUUAGAUCAGUCAUCCAUCAACGAUUCCUAAUAUAAUGAACUCUUAAAGGUUGUUACUCUCAGGUGUCAAUUGGAGAUGACAAGGUGAUUCAUUAAUGUGUGAUGUGAAUAUCUUGAUUUUGAAUAAAUUGUCUACUUGUUGUGGUUGUACAUACACGAGUCAUAACACAGAUGUAUGCUGACAUUGAUGAGGGGCAACCAAUAAAAAACUGAAAAUAACACAUCGCAUGAAAAAUAAACCCCAAAAGGGUUAUUGUCAAAACAAUUUAGUCCACAAGGGAUCUUCUUAUUAGUAGAUCCUAUUCCAAAUAAAUAUACCCAUGAUAGUCAUUGCUUAGGUAGAACUGAGGCGUACAAUCUUUCAUUCAUUUAACAAAUAUUGCGAAUGAAUCUUAACAAAGCAUUAUCCAUGGAUCAUUUUUAAGAUUUGGGUUGGGUUCUAUGAGUCUAACAUAAGCCCAUUGGUUAUUAUUCAUUGGCACAAAUUGAUAGACUAUUGGUCAUAGGUCAUGAUUAAAAGUCACCAACUGUAGACAUGUCAAUUCACCAAGUAUUAUUAAAAUAUUAUAAAUGAGAAUGACAAAGAUGUAUCGGGCUUGUGAAUGAUUAGGCUUAAACCAACCACUCAAGGUUUAACUCAUUACAAUAGAUUCACUAUCACCUAUAUAUAUAUAUAUACACACCACUAGUAGAUUAGGCAUGACAAACUGUUAGGAAUAAAAAACAAGAGUAACAAUGCAACUUAUCUUAGGUGGAAUGUUUUAGGAUGAUAGCAUCUUCCCUAUAGCAUAUCUAAUCCUUUACCUUAAAACUUUGUAAACUAGUUGAGGUUUUCUAUAAUCAUAAUACUAGGCGAUACUUUUUUUUUAACAUAAAAUCUUUUCCCCCUCUAUAACAAAAAAUCCUUCCUCAUCCUUGAGAAAGAAGGUCAUGGUUGCCGCAAUAUUGGGUGCGGAAAGUGUUUUAUUUUAUUAGUCCUAAAGUUAUUAGGUUUUCCUACUCUAAAGAGGAAUACUUAUGUUAGGGGCUUAGCAAUCCAUGUCCUUGAUGGAACUGGCUGCUCUCUUUCAAUAAGCAGCAAUUUUGCUUUGAUUGCGGGACUGAAUCAGAACCUUAGGCGUGACUCUUAAGAACCUUAGGUGCAACUCCUAGCAUCUAUCAAAAUCCUUCUUCAUAUUCCAUCACAAAUCAACAUUAGUACAGUUUUAACAGCCCUAAAACAGCAUUUAAAAGUCAGAUUUGGAACAUCCCCUAGGCUGUCCUGCAUCACCUCACUGUCUUUUUUUGUUGUUACAUGGUUAAUGAAAGGAGCUGCUUCGCCUUUUGCUGUUCCUGCUAGGAGCUUUCCUCUUUUAUUCAUUGAUUUCGAACUUCUGUUAAUUUGUUAUGUUUUGAUGGCUUCAGUUAAUUACCCAUGCAAGAGCCUGGUUGUUUUGGUCUUUGUUAGUCUCUUAGAGUGUGAACGGACUAAUUAGAGUGGCCAUACAGUUUUAAUUUCAUCAUCAAUUAUUAUCAUAGUUUUGGUUUAUUUUGAGUCAUGCGUAUUAAUCAACUUAAUCCUGGCAGUGUGACUACCUGCUGAUAACAAACAUAUUUUAGGUUCAGAAUUACAUGUUAGAACCUUUCAAUCAUCUGCUUUUCAUUCUCUUCAACUAUUUUAUGAUAUCCAGUGCCAGUUCCUUUUAGUUUUCUGAGAUGGAGUUGGAAUAUCAAUAUAUAAAAGCUUCUCUGUUUUGGCAUCA